AUGCAUCUGUCAGCAUUCGUUAUGAUUUUCGUCGUUCGAAGUGUGCUUGGAUAUUAUCCACCACAACGAUACAACGACGUCUGUGAAGACGAUGGCAAAACUGAUUGUGCAUCCAAGAUUUCACUGUGUACCGACGAAUUAUUUGGAGAAAUGAUGCGAGCUCAUUGCAAGAAAACCUGUGGUUUAUGUGGUAAUGAAGAGGACGAAGAAUAUUACGAGCAAGUCGGUGGAGGUGGUGGAAGUAAUGCUGGUGAAGGGGAUGGAACUGAAGACUACACAGAGGAAUCGCAGACUGGUGAGGAGACCACUGAUCCAUCGGAUGAAGACGAAUAUCCGACCGAUGAGGAGACGGAACACGAAUUGCCCGUUCCAGUGAUACGUCCAAUGGCCUGUGCGGAUACGUCAGCUGAUUGUAAAGGUCCGUUCUAUGAGACAGCGUUACUGACUUGUUUUCCACUGUUUCAUUUCAUGGUCACCAUUUGA